CUGACGAGCGGAUGUGCGUCACUGAUACAACUCAUGUGACUGCUCUGGCACAGUGGGAGGAGACUUGCACUUGUCUUUGAACGUGGUUCACCGAUUUCAGUCAGUGUGAUUGUGACUACCUACCGGCAAAAUCCACUCGUUCACUUUCUCCGCCAUCACCAGCGUCGGUCAACUCGUUACACCAUGAAGAUCUGGACCUCAGAGCACAUAUUCAACCAUCCUUGGGAGACCGUAACCAAGGCUGCUAUGCAGAAGUAUCCCAACCCCAUGAACCCCAGUGUGAUUGGAGUGGAUGUUUUGGACAGAGACAUUGACAAACAGGGACGCCUCCACAGUACAAGACUGCUGAGCACGGAGUGGGGUCUACCGUCUAUAGUGAAAUCUAUCAUUGGUAACUCACGAACAUACACAUAUGUUCAAGAGCACUCGGUCGUGGAUCCCAAAGAGAAGUCUUUCGAGCUUCAGUCGACAAAUAUCACUUUCACAAACAUGGUGUCUGUGGAUGAAAAGUUAACAUAUAAACCACAUCCUGAGGAUAAAGACAAAACAAUCCUGACUCAGGAGGCUAUCAUCUCUGUGAAAGGAGUCAGUCUCAGCAGUUACUUGGAGGGAGUUAUGGCGAGCACAAUCUCUGCUAACGCUGGAAAGGGCCGGGAAGCCAUGGAGUGGGUAAUCAGGCGACUGAAUGCAGAGAUCGAGGAACUGGCAGCCACAGCACGUGGGACCAUGCGCACCCCCCUGGCGGCUGCGGUCACUGAGAAAUGACACCCACCUCUCUUUUCCAGCAUAGUUUGAGAGACUACAAACCUCUUCAACCAGCUUCCCUUUAUAAUGCUCUGGUGCUGGGGUACAUUCAUCCAUCUCAUACUAUCUACAUUAGAUAUAUUUUUAACACCAAGCCGCAACAUGAAGGGAUUCUUUGGAGUGUUUUUUAGGGGAUGCUGCCUGGCAGGACCGCCAUAAUGAGAGACUGAGAAAAGACCACUGUUAUCUGUGUGUUUGGAAAUAUGUAGCACUGGCGAAGAGGUAUCAGAGGCACCAGAUGAACUGAAAUCGCAAGACAAGUGCCAAAGCAGACACACUGCUUUUUGUCCAGCCCCCUGUAAAAGCACUACAGAAUGCCAGAAAGUCUCCUCUGGCAUGGAGCAAAACAGUUAUGGUGAUGGUUGUGGUAUGAUGGCAGAAAACAAUGUCUUGUUGUGGCAGGGGUCAAGGGCAGUGCAUGUCAAGGGUAAAAGGAAGCGGUUUCAUGUGUCAGAGUGUUAAUAGUUGGGAUAACACAGCCGUGGACAGUGACACGUGACAGAAGUGUUUCACCGUCCGGUUUAUUUGUCGAAGAGAGCCAUCUCCUCAACAAUGUUUUCUUUCAGGGACCUCAGUAAUAACAAGACACUCUGUACCAGGCAGUGUAUGUAAGCCUGAAUAUAAACUGUAUUUUGUUAUUAUGUGAUAACUAAUAUUGUUAUUAAGGUAUUUAAGAGAAAUUAAGGGAUCAACAUAAUUGCCAUAUUUAUAUUUUUUAAGCAGAGGACCUUCUCAAAUGUGCGUUAGUAUAACUUUUAUACAAUUCAGUCUGAUGUGUACUGUAUCUGAACAUGUUUGCUGAACUCAAACAGUUUUAUCAACACACACAAAACUACUGUUCCUCAGUAAAAAAACA